GUCCUCUCCCCGUCUCUACCCUCUGCUACCGGUCUGCAUCGGCUCUGUUUGGACACUGCAGCUCAGUACGCGAGACGAAGACCCGUACUGUGUUUCCUGCAUGUUGAUGUCGGCCCGCUCAGAGGAUGGAUGCUGUGGAUCCGAGGCAGACGUGAGCGCAGCGUCCCUCCUCUCCGCCGCAUAGCUGCCUGGCGCCGGGCACACAGCAGCACGGCCCGCGCCACCGGAAUGCGGGGAUUUAACCUUUAAUUCCACCAGUGAGCCGGAAAGGUUUCUCUUUGCCAGGAGGUGAUGUGAGCUGGCGCCGCAGAGAGCUGUUCGUGUGCCCGCGGUGCUGAUGCGGCUCUAACGGGGAAGCGAGCAUGGCUGCCGGGAAGUUGCUGCUCUACGCCGGGCUCUCUCUCUCUCUGUGCGCCCUGGGCAUGCUGGCGGUGGCUCUGUGCUCCGACCACUGGUACGAGACGGACGCCCGGAGGUACCGGGAGCGGUGCCGAAGCUUCUCCAGCCGCCGCAAGGACCCGGGCUUCAUCUACAUCCCCAACAAGAGCCUGCCGCUGCGGGCCGCCAGGAGCGGCGGCGGCGGCCCGCAGCGCCGGGAGGAGAAGCUGCUGCUGGCCCGCAGCCGGCGGCAGUUGUUCGCCAUGAGCGCCGCGGAUGAGUGCAGCCGGCGGUAUAACUCUACCAACAUGGGGCUGUGGAGGAAAUGCCAUCGGCUCGGCUUCGACCAAGGCAUCGAGGACCUCAUCCGUAAAGGUUCCAUUGCGAGAUGUUCCAACAUUAAGUAUCACUACUCCUCUGCUACGUUAACCAAAAACUUCUCCUUCAACAUCAUCAAGACAAUAAAGCAGGAUGAGUGGCACUCCCUCCACUUGAGGCGUAUGACGGCAGGUUUCAUGGGCAUGGCGGUGGCCAUCAUCCUGUUCGGCUGGAUCAUCGGCGUGCUCGGCUGCUGCUGGGACCGCGGACUCAUGCAGUAUGUUGCCGGCCUCCUCUUCCUUAUGGGAGGAACCUUCUGCAUCAUCUCGCUCUGCACCUGUGUUGCCGGCAUCAACUUCGAGCUGUCACGUUACCCCCGUGACCUCUACGGCCUGACGGACGACAUCGGCCACGGCUACGGCUGGUCCAUGUUCUGCGCCUGGGGAGGACUCGGCCUCACGCUCAUCGCGGGCUUCUUCUGCACCCUGGCUCCCUCCGUCCAGCCGGUAGCCCAGUCCACCUGUCCCAAGUCCCGACAGGAGAACGGCACCGUCUGCUGAAGCUGAAGCCGACCGACUGAAAACCAACGAGAGUGAUAAAGAAAAAGAAAAAGAUGUUCCUUGUUUCCAUCCGUCCGCUCAUCUCAAAGUCUCUCCGGGACACGGAUUUCUCUUUUUUAUUUGUGUGUGUGUGUGUGUGAGAUGAUGAUGAUCUGGUAUCUUGAAAAAAAGAAAUAUGAUCAAAAAAUGUGAAGUUCUGUUUGUUUUAUUGUUGCGGAGCAGAUGAGGAAAUAGACCAUGUCCAGAGAAAGUUUGGAGGUAAUACUUCAAGAGAAGUCACUGGAAGACAUUGGAGAUGGACAACGGUGUUCAGACUGGGAAUUGCUUCCAUUACAUGGUUCACUGGCAUUUUGGAGAACUCAAUGAGGAGAACUCAGCAGUGAUGGAGGGAAACGUGGUUCCUCUGAGCCUUCUGUGGGAUCAUUCACGAGGGAAUGGACCUGAUGUGAAACCGUGUCUGGUCUGGGGUCAGGUUCUGUGGCCAUCUGCUAACUUUCAGUUAUCCAGCUUUAGGGGUAGGACAUGGAGAGGUGAGGAGAUCCAGGACCUUCACAGAAGGGACAAACGGGAACUUUUAUGUUGGGCCAUUUACAUUUUGGUCUGAUGAUCCCAUCUGCCAUUUAAGAUUUGAUACAUGCGUUCCUCUUUCAUUCAAAGUGUAUUUUCCUUUUUACUGAAACCGUCAUGUGGUGAAAGAAAUGUCAACCAAGUGUACGUUCAGGGCAAAGUGUGUGUUCCAUUUCUUCCCCUUCUAGUCAUAGAGGUGUGUGUGCGUCUGUGUGUGUGUGUGUGUGUGUGUUCACCAACAGCCGAGACCUGGCAGGGGCUGCAUUCUCUGAGAGUACAUAAUCAAGGGGUAAGUCAAGGGUUAAAAAGAGGUCAACUCAAGCCGCGUUCACACCAAAAGCGUAUUGCGAAUAUUCUCAACGCUUUACGAGUGUGAGUUUACUCGCAUGAGGGGCGGGGCUUAUUUCUGUGUCUUUACUCCGUGGAAACAGUUAUCAUUUCCUUCAUCCAGCACAGAAGAAAUAACCACUAGUUCUGCUUUAUUCUUGUUGAGGACCUCCAGCCCCAUUAGAGCAGCAGUUAGAUUCACCAACGGCGGAGCGUCUCAACACUGACCAACAGCGAAUAUUCGCAACUCGGCGAAAAUUUGCAUCAAACAGGCUACUCGAUGAAAAUGUGCGUCAUUCGUAACCAGUCGCGUCUGUACGUUAACUUUGCUUAUGGGAUCUACUCGCGAGAACAAUUUGCAACGCUUUUGGUGUGAACGAAGCUUCACAGUCUCAAUGUGCAUCGACUGAAGAACUAGAGUUAAGUGCUCAAUUCUCAAGGCUUCAGACACCAAUCAUAAGUCAAAACACACAUGAGCAUGGGAUUAAAUAUCCCUAUUCACAGUAGGGGAGAUGAUCAUAAUGAAAUACGAAAAGGUUGAUAUGUGGACCGAGAUCAUUUAUAAAAAAUAAUGCUGAAAAAGCCUCAAACAAAAGCGCAUCGAUGUGGAUGUCGCCUAAUUCAGUGGUUUUAAUAAUUUUAUUGUUAUCUAGCGACAACUGAUAAUCAGAACUUCAAUUUCUCAUUAUCUGGGGAUAAUUCUGUUCUAUCCAUGCGUGUUUCAUUCAUUCCUCUGAGCCUUCAAACAGACGAGAGCAUAAGUGACAGGUAAUAAACUGAGUAUAUAUUAAAUUAAAUUCAGUUUAUUUUGUAUAGCCCAAAAUCACAAAUGACAAACUCCCCCCAGAGGGCUUUACAAUCUGCACACAUAAGAUCCCUGACCUUUGACCUCACAUUGCUUCAGGAACCACUGACCUCUCCCAAAAAACUUUUUAACAGCGGGAGAAAAAGUGAAGAAACCUUCAGAAGCAACAGAGGAGGAUCUGUCAGGAUAAACAGAACUGCAAUGCCAACACAUAUAAUAACAUAAUCUCAACAGUUCUAAAGCCUGAGAUAAAGAUGAGCAUCACAAUAUACAAAGGGUGAAAGGUGAAAUGUGUGUGUCUGACCGCUGUGCUACAGUGCUGUGUAAUAGUUAAACGCAAGUUGGCAUUAUCAUCAAACUUGAAGUCCAUGAUUUUCUUUCAAUUGUAUAAGGAGAAUUUUAAAGUCUGGUUUUAGGUUGAAAAGAGGAUUUAAUGGGGAUGAUUCAGUGAAAAGGAAAUAUGAACCAAUGAUUUGUUUAAAAAAAGCUCAACUGUUUGAGGCUCUUUUCUAUUACAUUCUCGAUAUUUUGAUUUAAAAAUGCAGUGUUGUCAUUUUUUUAUUUUUCUAAAUGACAUUUUAUUUGUAUAUUUGUUUUAUCUUCAACGACGUGACUGACAAACAGCGAGAAGCAGCAGCAGCCUCGUGGAGCUGAAGAAUGAGAGAAUCAACCGUCAAUAAUGAUUUGAAAGAGAGACAUUUUUUUCGUCAGCCAAGAUCAAAUUGUCAGAACUCAUAAAAGCGAUCAUAAAAAGUGAUCCAUCAACCUUUAACCAUAAGUAAUGUGUCUGUUGACUAAAUAAAAUAGGAGGGGGAAAAAGAAAAUGUUUCAACUGUUGAAUGUAAAAUACCAACAAAAUAAAUCUCAUUGGUGUGUUUACUGAA